UCAGCAGAGACAGAGUGUGUACAAUGACUUCUGUCACAAAGCUGAACAUUCUACUGGCUGUUCUGAUGGGAACCAUCCAUGCUGUCCAAGAAAUCUAUUAAAUUAAAGCAGAAGGAGAAAAUGAUGCUUUUUACAAUAAUGUGGGAAAAGACAACAGUUUGAUCUUUAAAUCCGAAGCUGAAGAGAGCCUGCUUUUGUGGAACACUUCUAACACUUCACCUGAAAAUUCCACACUGAAUGCAGAAUUAAGGGAUCGACUGAAACUGAAAUUGAUUCAUAAUAUUUCAACUGUCCUGAUCCAGAACCUCUCUGUCAGACACUGGACUAUACAGGGCAGAGUGCUGGACAUCUGGCAAAGUGAAACUCCAGAAAAGCAUCAACCUCAGUGUCUGCAGUAUCAUCAGUUUAUAUGUAUGCUCAUUUGGGAGUGAAAUUAGACCAGUGUGGAGAUUCCUGGGGGGAUGGUAACUUUACGGUCAGAUGGCUCUGCAAACACUUUUGGGACAUGAACGAAUCCGCAAAGCCCUUCAUGGAGGAAGAAAGGGGCCGAGUGCUGCUGGCUGCCAACGGAUCCUCUCUCCAUAUGACCAACUUCACAUUUAAUGCCUGGUAGUGGAGGGACAGCGUUGUGUUUACAGUCAGACCAUCUUAGCGAUCUAUAAGACAGCGUACUGUAUAGUCAGUAUUAUGUGGGAGAGAAGGCUGUGCUUCCCUGUUUCAACCCUGGGACAAAGACAUGGUGGAGGAGAAUCCUCAGUCAUCAAGGGAAGCAGACAUUGUAUUUUGUGGAUGGAAGAUUGUGAGGAAAUUACUCCCUAGUCAUUCCAUCACUGAUGCUCAACCACUCAGGGUUUUAUGAUCGCCAGAAGAAGCCGCCAUCAAGAGUCAUCAUAUCAUAUUGUCUAAUGAUGUGCCCUAAGUCUGAGCCCCUCAAAGAGGUAUUCUCAGAGGGAGGGGAGGUUGCCCUCACAUGCAGCUCUGAUGUCCCAGAGUAUGACAUGGUUAUGUGGUACAGAAAGACUACAAAGGUGGGCAAUGUUAUUCUGGACACAAGAUAUAUGGAUAAGUAUAUACAAUUCCGUGAAGAUUUGGAGGGCAGAAUGAAUGUAUUUCGCCCUUACCUCUCUCUGGUCCUCUCUAACCUCUCACUGGAGGACAGUGGGGAAUACUGGUGUGCUCUCAUCUCUGACCAGAAGAACAUGGUCUGUUUAUCAAUAACUACAACCCUCUUGAUCGAAGGGGAGAGAUAUCCGUUUGGCGUCGACUGCUGGGCUGUGCUCUGCUGGGGAUGGUCUUUGCUGUGAUCAUUGUGAACCUGAAGACCAGGAGAAGAGACCAGGCUUCCCUGAAGACCAGGAGAAGAAACCAGGCUUCCCUGAAGAACAUUAUUGCCUGCAGCCAAGACGUUUGGUAGCAGAACAGCAGAGUGGAAGAGGAGAGUGAGAGAGCUCCCAGCCACCAUGGUGGCAGUGCAAAGCUACUGUGAGGCCAGCGCUUCCAUCUCCGAAGCCUGGCUGGAGGGCGGCAUCUCACCCUGCUUCUACUUCACCCUGGUGCCCACCGUCCUGCUUACCCUCUCCUUCUUCUUCGGCACCUUCCACUGCGUCUGCUACCGCCGCUACGGCACCGAGAUGGAGCCCAAGUUCAUACCGCGCUCGCGCCUCUAUGGCCUCCAACUGGCAGUCUCCCUGCUCCUCCUGCUGCAGUUUCUGGGGGGGCUGGUGUGGAGGGCGACUGGUGGAGGCGGGGUAGGGGAACUCCCUGGCUACGUGGUGCUGUACGGCUGCCUGUCCAUGCUGGGCUGGGUCUGGGCCGUGGCCCUGCUAAGGCUGGAGAGGAGGAGGGUUCUGGUGAGGGACCGGACGCGGGGCCACAGCACGGUGCUGCUGCUCUUCUGGGCUGUGGCAUUUUCGGCGGAGAACCUGGCCUUCGUCUCCUGGGCCAGCCCCUACUGGUGGUGGGGCCUGGAGAACACACAGAAGCAGGUGGAGUUUUCUCUGUGGUUGAUGCGCUACCUCGGCACAGGAACACUCUUCUUCCUGGGCCUGAAGGCUCCGGGGUUGCCACAGAGACCAUACAUGCUCCUGAUCAACGAGGACGAACAUGAUGUGGAGGGCGGCACUGGCCAGCCCCUGUUGGGUGGUGCGGAGGAGUCCCAGUCUACCUGGCAGGGGUUUGGGCAGAAGGUGCGUCUGCUGGUGCCCUACAUGUGGCCCCGGGGCAAUGUUCUACUACAGGGCCUGGUCUUGCUCUGCCUGUGCCUGCUUGGCGUGGAGAGGGUCAUCAACGUCUUUGUGCCCAUCUACUACAAGAACAUCGUGAAUGAGCUGACUGAUGGAAGCAGCUGGAAGACCUUGGUCACCACUGUGUGUCUCUACGUCCUGCUCAAGUUCCUGCAAGGUGGAGGGGCAGGUGCCUCCGGCUUCAUCAGUAACAUACGCUCCUUCCUGUGGAUCCGCGUGCAGCAGUACACCAACCGGGUGGUGCAGGUGCGUCUGUUCGGCCACCUGCACUCGCUGUCGAUGCGCUGGCACCUGGGCCGGCGCACCGGGGACGUCCUGCGCAGCAUCGACCGCGGCACCGCCUCCAUCAACAGCCUGCUCAGCUACAUUGUAUUCAGCAUCUUCCCCACCAUCGCAGAUAUCGUCAUCUCCAUCAUCUACUUCAUCACCUACUUCAACGCCUGGUUCGGACUCAUCGUAUUCGUCUGCAUGUUCCUCUACCUCACCCUUACCAUCAUCAUCACGGAAUGGAGGACUAAGUACAGGCGAGACAUGAACACCCAGGACAACAACGCCAAGUCCAAGGCAGUGGACUCCCUGCUCAACUUUGAGACGGUGAAGUACUACAACGCAGAAAAUUAUGAAGUGAACCGUUUUGAGGACGCCAUCCUGAAGUAUCAGAUCUCAGAAUGGAAGACCCAAGCCUCUCUGGCCUUCCUGAACCAGACCCAGAACCUGAUCAUCGGCUCAGGCCUACUGACAGGCUCACUGCUCUGUGCCUACUUUGUCCAGGAGGGCAAGUUUAAGCUAGGAGACUUUAUCCUCUUUGGCACCUACAUCAUUCAGCUCUACACCCCUCUCAACUGGUUUGGAACCUACUACAGAAUAAUCCAGAAGUCCUUCAUCGACAUGGAGAGCAUGUUUAAGCUCUUUGCCGAGGAAGAGGAGGUGAAGGACGUGGUGAAUGCAGGGAACCUUCUCUAUAAACUGGGAAAAGUGGAGUUUGAGAAUGUGUACUUUAACUACAUUGACGGGAAGGAGAUUCUUAAGGACGUAUCAUUCACUGUGCAGCCAGGCCAUACUGUUGCAUUGGUUGGCCAGUCAGGGUGCGGUAAGAGCACCAUCCUUCGCCUGCUCUUCCGUUUCUAUGACGUCCAGGGGGGAUGCAUCCGCAUCGAUGGCCAGGACAUCUCUAAGGUGAAGCAGGUGUCUCUGCGUGCCCACAUCGGCGUGGUGCCCCAGGACACGGUCCUCUUCAACGACAACAUCCGCGACAACAUCCGCUACGGGCGCGUCUCCGCCAGCGACCACGAAGUGGAGGAGGCGGCUAUCGCCGCAGACAUUCAUGAGAAGAUCCAGACGUUCCCAGAAGGAUAUGACACCCAGGUGGGCGAGAGGGGUCUGAAGCUGAGCGGGGGGGAGAAGCAGAGGGUGGCUAUCGCCCGGACUAUCCUCAAGGCCCCUCAGAUCAUCCUGCUGGAUGAGGCCACAUCUGCUCUAGACACACAGACCGAGCGCAACAUUCAGGCAUCGCUCACCAGAGUGUGCUCCAAUCGGACCACCAUCGUCGUGGCUCACAGGUUGUCGACCAUCAUCGGUGCCGACCAGAUUCUUGUUCUAAGUGACGGUCAGAUUGCAGAGCGAGGACGGCAUGAUGAGCUGCUGGCUAAGGGAGGGUUGUACUGUGACAUGUGGAUGAAGCAGCAACAGGCCCAGGACUCGGACUCAGCCUCUGACACAGAAGCCAAAGACAGGAAGUCUGAGAAACUACAGCCCCCAUCAGCCACUGAAGGCCACUGAGGAUAGAGUGAGAGGUCAAGGAUAUGUAGAUAUUGUGAAGAGGUGGACGAGGGAUGCAGGGAGAGGAUUAGAUGCCUCAAAAGGCUGUUUUUUCUGCACUUUUUUAGGGUAUCCGUCCAUUGAGGUUCAUUCUGUUAUGAGUGAAGUUAAGCACAUAUUUAUUUGGUAUUUUAUGUUUGGUCAUUCAAUCAAAAUGUUUGUGCCAUGAAUGCCUCAGGCCAGUUGUUUUUAAGUGUAUUCAGGAUCGUGUUCAUUAGGGCAACUAACAGAAAAUGUUUUUAAAAUUAGUGUUUCUUAUUGGACAAGUCCAGGUAGUCCCUCCUUAUUGCAGUCUGUUUUGAUCCGUUUAGUGCGUAAUUAAUCUCUGAACCACCCCCCCCCACACACACACACACAAAAAAUAAUAUGUAAUUGAGUCAGAUGCUCCAUAAAAUUCUGGGGGGAGACGUGUGGGAAAAUAUACUAGAACAAGUAGCAGAAGCAGGGCGGUAGCUCCAUUCCCCCCCUCCCCCACCUGCAUAAUCAUGAUUUCUCGAAAUGAUCGGUGGGAGAAAAAAAUAAUAUAUAUAAUAAUAAUAAAAUCUGUGCACCUCACUGUUGUCGCAUCCCACAGUCUGUUGACAGACACUACGAUACCAGUUAUGUUACAUGCGUCUGUCCAUGAGAGAUUAGUUCCUAAUGAACACGACCCAGGACUCAGUAUAAUCCGUCUUCUUGCUGUCUGAAGUCUGUUGAUUGCAGCCGUCCAGAGAAGUGGCAGCAAGUCCAAAGUAGACGAAUACCUACCCUUAAGCGCGGGUAUAGGCAGUUAGGCACAGUGUCUCACAACACUUUGAAUUGUUGACUAAUGUUUAGGGGUUGAGAAAUGUAAAUAUUAGUUUUAUUUACAACAUCUAGAGAUGGUCUUAUUGAACAGGUUCAUUGUAAAUUAUAAACUACUGUUCAAAAGUUUGGGUCACUUAGAAAUGUCCUUGUUUUCGAAAGAAAAGCAAUGUUUUUGUCCAUUAA